AUGCCUUACCCCUACACCUACGCAACCUUCCCCCCCAACCGCAAGAACAAAGGAUGCCCACCCUCCGCUAGCUCCCAAAGCCUGGCCCUGACAGCCCCCAUCUCCAAGGCAGAGCGAGCUUACACCCCCAAGUCCUACACCCAGCCAUCAGCCAUCCCCCCCAACCCCGCCAAAGCCCGCCAAGUCGCCGCAUGGCUCAUGAUGCAGCAGGCAGGUCCCUCCCCUGCUACCUCUGCCAUCCCCUCCUCCCUAGUCCCCGAGCGCAGCGAUGCCCAUCCCUCCACCAUCCAGUCAAACUCCGUGAGGGGCCUGACAACCAGGUACUACUCCUACGGCAGCUCUGCCCCCUCUGAGCCCAAGUCCCAGCCCACGGGGACCACGGAGAGAAGAGGCGCGGACCGCCCCUACGAUUACCAUCAGAAGCACCGGGUCAUGGGGUGGAUGGAUAAGCAGCCAGACACGUUCUCCGUGUCCAACGGCAUGCCGCCAUCUAUGCUUGGCGCCUGCGACAAGCAGUCUCCCCAUUGCCCUGAGCAUCAGGACGGGCAUUUCUGGAACGCAUAUGUUCUCCGCCGCAAUAGCCGUAGUCGCUUCUUGUUGAGCGUCUUGGGCGUCUUGGGUCUCAUGAUCGUUAUAGCUAUCAUCGUCGUCGUGGUCGUGGUGACGCGCCAGAAGAAGGCUUAA